AUGGAGGAGUGUAAGCAUGGAAACCAGACCCAGCCAUUGUUUCCAUGCUCCUCAGGUUUAUCUGACUCAUCUCUGUCUGCAGUCCCAGACAGUGGUGAUUUCAUCUGCUCAGCUAAACAAACAGCUCUGCCUCGUGGGUGGGGGCCAUCCUGUGCUGGCAGAGUGGAGAUCCUUCACCAGGGCUCCUGGAGUGUCUGUGAUGACAGCUGGGACCUAAGUGAUGCACACGUGGUAUGCAGACAACUGGGAUAUAGAGUGGCCAUUAAUGCCACCAACUCUGCUCACAUGGGAGGGGGAGGGGUGGGGUCAGACCCCAUCUGGCUGAAUGACCUGAACUACACAGGAAAGGAGCCCCAUUGGAAGCACCCUUCCCGGGGCUGGGGACAGCACGACUGCAGGCACAAGGAAGACGCGGGGGUCAUCUACUCAGGUCUUAGAUUCACAGCUUUGAGGCUCUACAACAAAACCGAAAGGGACACUGGUGCUGGGAGACUGGAGGUAUUCCACUCCGGGACCUGGGGCAGUGUGGGCCGGAGGAAUGUGUCCACGGUCACCAUGGGGAUCGUGUGCAAGGACGCAGUUAUCAGCCACACCCCUUCGUAUAAAAUGGGCUCUGCUUUCACAUGGGAAGAUGGUGUUCGGGGCCCUACAAUGCUUAUCUUCAUAUGGCAGUGUCCAUCUGCUCCCCCCCCCCCCCCGCCCCCGGGGGAGCAGAGACUAUCCCGCCCGGCAGGAGAGGCUACAACAUGGGUGACACUUGAGGACCCUCUCCGACUCAGGGGAGGAGACACCGAGUGCUCAGGACGAGUGGAGGUUUGGCACGAUGGCUCCUGGGGCACAGUGUGUGAUGACUCCUGGAGCCUGGCAGAGGCCGAGGUGGUGUGUCAGCAGCUGGGCUGUGGCUCUGCCCUGGAUGCCCUGCAGAGGGCGGCAUUUGGCCCGGGAAAUGGGAGCAUCUGGCUGGAUGAGGUGAAGUGCAGGGGCAGGGAGUCCUCCCUGUGGGAUUGUGCUGCCAAUCCCUGGGGACAGAGCGACUGCAAGCAGGAAACAAUGCUGGAAUGAGGCGCUCUGGUUGAGUAGAAGGACCAGGGUAUUGGGUGAGGAUCCAAGGACAUGUGAGUUUGUAUCCAGAAGUACUUC